CCAGAGGUCCGGACGCGUCCUGGCGGCCACCGCACCAUGAGUGUCCCCGCUGCCAGCCCGCUCUUCGCGCCCGGUGAGGACUGCAGCCCUGCAUGGCGCGCGGCGCCGGCGGCCUACGAUGCAUCUGACACACACCUGCAAAUCCUGGGCAAGCCGGUGAUGGAGCGCUGGGAGACUCCCUACAUGCACGCUCUGGCGGCCGCCGCCGCCUCCAGAGGGGGCCGGGUCCUAGAGGUGGGCUUUGGCAUGGCCAUUGCAGCCACAAGGCUGCAGGAAGCCCCCAUCGAGGAGCACUGGAUCAUCGAGUGCAAUGAUGGCGUCUUCCAGCGGCUCCAGGCUUGGGCCUCACAGCAGCCACACAAGGUGGUCCCCUUAAAAGGCCUGUGGGAAGAGGUGGCGCCCACACUUCCGGACAAUCACUUUGACGGGAUCCUGUAUGACACAUACCCCCUUUCAGAGGAGACCUGGCAUACACACCAGUUCAACUUUAUCAAGAACCAUGCCUUCCGCCUGCUGAAGCCUGGAGGGGUCCUCACAUAUUGCAAUCUCACCUCUUGGGGAGAACUGAUGAAGUCCAAGUAUUCAGAUAUUACCACCAUGUUUGAGGAGACACAGGUGCCAGCGCUGCAGGAGGCGGGCUUCCGUCGGGACAACAUCCGCACUGAAGUGAUGGCACUCACCCCACCUGCCGACUGCCGCUACUAUGCCUUCCCACAGAUGAUCACACCACUGGUCACCAAGCACUGAGCUGCUGGCCCUGGGGGAUCCUCAGGGUCUCUGGACCAGUGUUUCUGCACCCGUUAGUGCCUUGGUGGCUAGAGGGUGAGCCCUAGCCUCAGCCCUGGCUGUCCCUGCUGACACAGGGCAGCCUUCCUAAGCUCCAGCAGUGGCCUGCUGGUAGUCCCCAGAGCCCAAGGGUGAAAUAAAUGAUGGUGCUGGCCUGGCCAGUCAGUGGUGGGUGUCCAUGCAGCUUCCCAUUGGCCUUCC